UUUACCGGAGGAUUUAUCCAAACACACACACAACAACACACUAUGCUCCUGCAGCGCGAGGACAGCUUCAUGUCGGACUUUGAGGAUGCUUGCAGCAUGUGGGUGGACAGUGUGGGCUCGAGCCCCAACAGAGACUCUGAGGGGGGGUCCCCAAUCUGCCAAGUUUUCUCUCCGGGAACAGACGCCUCUGACUCGGAUUUCUUCUCCGACUUCAGUGACUGUUCCUCGGACUCCCUCUCGCCUUCCCUCGGCUACAGCAACAGCUUCUUCCCGGAACCGGAGGCGCAAUCCCCGGGACUGAGCAGCACCGCGGACGCCAUCCUCAACAUGAUCACGGAGAUCGUGGGGAUCUGCACCGAAAUGGAGCAAGACGCUUCCCCGGAUCUUGCAGCCCCUUCCCCGGCUGCAGCAUCUCCUUCCUCCCCCCUCUUUGCUCCAUCACCAUCACCAUCUUCUUCCUCUGCCCCACCCAGCAGUGAAGUGACCCCCCCUCUCCCUCCCAUGGUUUCCCACCCAGUUGUGGUGAAAAGUGAGUUUUUGAGCUCCAGCUGCAGCAGCGCGUGUUCCCACUCUUCUAUGCCCGGGAAUGACGCUCUGUUCCUGGGCAGCGCGGACUCUCUGCUCCCGCUGUCGGCUCUGGAGCAACAGGUGGAUGUUUGUGACUUUAUCGACUCUCUGCUGAGCUGUGACGCCGGACAGAGCGACCUGAAGCCCGGCUUCGAGGUGAAGCAGGAGCCACUGGAGGACUGGCUGAAGGGGUUCCCGGUGACGGGGGGGGAUCCCGGUAACUACGUCAUCAGCAGACCGGUGAAGACGGAGCUGUUCUCCCCGUCCACGCUCCCCUCCACCGUGGACGCGCAUCUGCUCUCCUCCCUUCUGCAGGGCGCGUUCCCGAUAGUCAACAUCAGCAGCAUGCACGCAGCCCCCAAACAGUCACGCACAGGGAGGAGAGCUCCCGCGCAGAAGGCGAAACCCUUCACGUGCACGAUGCACGGGUGCGAGCGCCGCUUCUCGCGCUCAGACGAGCUCAACAGGCACGUGCGCAUCCACACUGGACAGAAACCCUUCACGUGCACCAUCUGCUCGCGCAGCUUCAGCCGCAGCGACCACCUGACCACGCACACGCGCACGCACACGGGGGAGAAGCCCUUUUCGUGCGACGUGUGCGGCAAGAGAUUCGCGCGCAGCGACGAGCGGAAGAGGCAUGGGCGCGUGCACGUGAAGCAGCAGCUACGUGCGCAGAUGAUGGCCGCCUACUCGCUGGCCGUGAACGCGCCUGGCGUCUGAACAUGAACUAACUAUUACUGCAGAGAGCAGUAUGUUUGAACCGUCAACUGGAAAAAGCGUCGAUGUGACGUCACACAGGUGUUCCUCUCACGGCGCAUGCGUACAGGAGGAAGCAUCUGCAGGUGGAAAAACUACAGACUGAGAACUUUAAACAUGUGGAGAGUAACUAAGUACAUUUACUCAAGUACUUUGACUUAAGUGUGAGGUACUUGUACUUUACUUGAGUAUUUCCAUGUUUUGUUACCUUGUACUUUUACUCACUUAAAUCAGACUUGAGUUCCACCUGGAGUAAAUCCACCAGCUACCCUGCAGUAUACAAAGUCAUUCAAACUAGCUGCACCUUCACCAGCUUUGAGAACACUUUCAUGAUCAAUCAUUAUAAAACAUAUCAUAUAUAUUAUUCUGAAAUGGACCAAUCAAACAACGACUACUUUUACUGUCUUUCACUAUAUUUUGAUGAGAAUACUUUUCUACUUUCACUUGAGGAACAUUUUGAAUGCAGUACUUUUAGAUCCGAGUACUUCUACUUUUAUUAAAGUACAUGAUCCGAGUACUUCGACUUCUACUAAAGUACAUGAUCCGAGUACUUCUACUUCUACUAAAGUACAAUAUCAGAGAAACCGUCCGUCUGUAAAUAUUUCUGCAUGACAACAAAGUGAAUGUCCGGAUGUCGUGAAGCUGUUUCCACUCAGAAGAUAUUUCUAUGUUUGUAACACAUCUCUAUUUUUCUAGUUUGUCUACCUCUUUGUGAGUGUUUUACAUGGAGAGAGUAUAUGUAUAUAUUUACAGUAUAUAUAUUUACAGUAUAUAUAUUUAUAGGAGAACACAAAGCCAGAUUUCUAUGGCGGAUUAU